UAUAUAUAUAUAUCGGAAAAUCCAACAAAGUUAUACGCUACAACAAAACGAAUUCUAUACAAAAAACGUACCAAGUGCAAAAUAAAUAAAAAAAACCAAAACCAAAAUUUAUGAAUAUUGUGUCAAAUUAAUAAUAAGUUCUCUAACAAAAUCGUCAAAAUUCAACAAAAUCUCAACAUGUUGCAUGAGGCAUUGAUGCUCGAGAUCUACAGACAGGCGCUAAAUGCCGGCGCCCUGCCCACAGCUCGUCCGCGUUCCACGGAAUCGGCAAAUUCCAGCGAGCGGUGUCCCUCGCACGAAUCCAAUUCCUCGGAAAAUGGGGGACAUCGUGGGGAUCCAAGUGGGGGUGUGAUGCCACCCACAUCCAUGCACUCGACAUUCCCGGCCGUGCCGCAAAACCUGCCCGCCCAGCCGCCUUCCAUGGAGGCGUAUCUGCAUAUGGUGGCAGCAGCCGCACAGCAAUACGGUUUUCCCCUGGCUGCAGCAGCGGCGGCAGGACCACGGCUACCUCUACCCAUGGCCAAUGAGGCGACGCCACCGUUUAAGCUGCCACCGCAGGCAUCUCCCACGGCAUCCAGCAAUCACUCGGAGGCGCUGGACUUUCGCACAAAUCUUUAUGGUCGCGCAGAGUCCGCAGAGCCGCUAGCGUCCGAGGAGGAGGAGGAUUUCGAUGAUGGGGCCAACAAUCCACUGGAUCUCUCCGUGGGCACACGGAAACGCGGCCACGACGCCGAGCCACAGCUGGGCCACAUUCAGGUGAAGAAAAUGUUCAAAUCGGAAAGUCCACCGGCGAGUUCUUUACCUGCGGCAGCGCCCACUGCCAGCCAAUUGAUGCCUGGAGUGAAUCCCUAUCUGGCGGCUGUGGCUGCUGCCAAUAUCUUCCGAUCUGGACAGUUUCCCGAUUGGAAUGGCAAAAACGAUCUGGUGGUGGAUCCGCUGGAAAAGAUGUCGGACAUUGUCAAGGGCGGAGCACAGGGACACAAGGAUAAACUUCAACAUCAUCACCAUCAAUCGAAGGCCACCCCGCCCGACAAGGCAGCUCCGCCAAAGAGUCCCGCACAUCAGCAGCAGCAACAAAAACAGCAACAACAACAACAACAGCAGCAGCAGCAGGGAUCCAAUAACAGCCAAAAUUCCGAGGGAGGAUCUACAGGAGCAGGAGGAGCAGCUAUAGGUGCCUCUGCUGGUGGUGGUGCUGGCAUCACCAAGGCCCGCCACAACAUUUGGCAAUCCCAUUGGCAAAACAAGGGCGUGGCCAGCUCCGUGUUCCGCUGUGUGUGGUGCAAGCAGAGCUUCCCCACACUCGAAGCUUUGACCACCCACAUGAAGGACAGCAAACAUUGCGGGGUAAAUGUGCCACCGUUUGGUAAUCUGCCCAGCAACAAUCCGCCUCAGCAUCACCAGCAGCACCAUCAUUCGGGGGCACAGCAGCAACAACAGCAGAACCACCAGAAUAUGCGCAAACAGACAAACGCGAAUCAUUCGCCCUCGGCGAAUGUGAAGAAUGCGUUCCAGUAUCGCGGAGAUCCCCCAACGCCCCUGCCCCGAAAGUUGGUGCGCGGCCAGAAUGUGUGGCUUGGAAAGGGCGUUGAGCAGGCCAUGCAAAUCCUCAAGUGCAUGCGGUGUGGCGAGAGCUUCCGUUCGCUCGGGGAGAUGACCAAACACAUGCAGGAGACGCAGCACUACACGAAUAUCCUCUCGCAGGAGCAAAACAUCUCCAUCAAGUCACAGAAUCAAGCGAAUGCAAAUUCAGACUCCAAGGACAACCAAAACAACAGCCUCAGCUCCGAGGAGAGUCGCACACUCAGCGCCGUGCUCACGUGCAAGGUGUGUGACAAGGCCUUCAACAGUCUGGGCGAUCUCAGCAAUCACAUGGCCAAAAACAAUCACUAUGCCGAGCCACUGCUCCAAAAUGCUGGUGGACGAAAGCGUCCCGCGCCCAAGAAGCGUGAGAAAUCGCUGCCAGUGAGGAAACUGCUCGAAAUGAAGGGUGGUGGAGGGGCCAACCAAGAUGAUUUGGCAGCGGAAAAGUCAGCGGUGCAGGGAAAACCAGGCCUAGGUCCAGGUGGUGGCGAUAAAAACGAUGCGGCACUUUUUGCCGAGCGCAUGCGUCAGUAUAUAACGGGUGUCAAAUCUCCGGAGGAGAUUGCCAAAGUGGCUGCCGCUCAGCUGUUGGCCAAAAACAAAUCCCCCGAGCUGCUGGAGCAAAAGAAUGGAAAUGCCAAGCCCGGUAAUUCAUCAGUACUGAGUGCCAUUGAGCAGAUGUUUACCACCAGCUUUGAUACACCUCCGCGGCAUGCUAGCCUGCCGGCGAGCAGUCCUUCCAAUUCGUCCACAAAGAACACCUCCCCAGUGGCCAGCAGCAUCCUGAAGCGGCUCGGCAUUGAUGAGACGGUGGACUACAAUAAGCCAUUGAUUGACACCAGUGAUCCGUACUAUCAGCAUUAUCGGUACACGAGCAGCGAGCGCAGUGGCAGCGAGUGCAGCGCGGAGGCGGCAAGGCCUCGUUUGGAUGCACCAACGCCCGAGAAGCAGCAGCAACAGCAACAGACGAUGAUGGCCACAGAGGAGAUUGCUGGCAGGCCUAAUAUCAAGCAGGAGGAAGCCAUCAAAAUGGAGAUCAAGUCUGAGAUCAAUGACGAGCAGAACGAUGAGACGGCCAUGCCAUCGCCCAAAAUGGAGGCCACACUGGUCAAUGGCAGCUACUCUACCCCCACCAACUCCUCCUCGGUCGCUGCAGGCAAUAACAAUAGCAACAGCAACAACAACAAUGUGGAACGAGCUUCACCCAAGACACCCUCGGUGGCAGGGAGUCCACAGUCGAGGCUGCUGCCACCGCGUAGUCCCUCGGAAAGCCAACGUUCGGCUACACCCAAGUCACCAGCCUCCAGUCACAAGUCCUACGAUGGCAGCGAGGGCAACAAAAAGUAUCCUAGUGACUCCUUGAAUGCUUUAUCCUCAAUGUUUGACUCCUUGGGCGCCAGCGGAGGCGGUGCGGCGGCCAAUACGAGAGCCAAGCUGGCCGCUGCAGCGGCAGCGGUCGCUGGGGGAGUCCUGCCCGUGGCUGGUGGCAGCGAUUCGCCAGAAAAUUUAAGCGCCAGCAACUCGCUGGCCGCCUUACGACAGUUCUGCGUGAAGAAGGAGAAGACCGCUUAAGCGCUGGUGCUUCUCGGCCGCAAACCGGACCGUUCCGUCAAACGCUCUCGUUAGCCUCGUUUUUUCGUUGUUUUCGCGCAAACAAAAAGUAAUUUCAAACAAGUUUUUUUGGUUUUGCCUGCGCGUUGCCCACACGCCAACCUCCCCACAACAAACUCCCAUGCAUUUUUUGGACUUUUUUGUGUUGGGGAGGUACUUCGGCAACCAUUCAGAGAGAGAGAGAAGAGAAGGGAGAUGCCAGAGUCAAAGGCACUUCCACUUGGACGAAACUUUGACUAGAGAUAAAAGGACACCACCGAGAUAUGGAAAGAUAUAUAUUCGGGAUCAUAAAACGAUUAUAAUGAAAAUAAUGAAUGAAAAGAAGGAGAACUCGAUCCAGAUUCCCCGCAGUAGUUGCCGCGCAUUCUACUCCUCCGCUAUGGCGACGAGGCCCCGCGCAUUCAGCAAGCUCUAAGGCGUACUUUUUCAAGAAUAUAUACAACUUGGGAUCCUUGAAAAACUAUGACUUGUCAUGGCUGAUCUAUUGGUGGGUUUUUUUGUUUGUUGAUAGA